GGGUUGCCUGCUGCAGUCAUGUGGAUCAUCUCGUUCUGGCUGCUGCCCGUCAUAUCGGCCAUAGUAUGGCUCGCGAUGCUGAUUGCCAUGUUAUCGACAUGGGCUGCGCAGGGGAAGCCUCGCUAUUCCGAAAUGUCGGUUGACGAACAUGUGCCAUACAUCUCCGACAUUGGCGCGAGGGGGCUCAAACCUCUGUUUAUCGCCAUGGGCAGUGUCACUGUGGUCACGCUUGAUCUGGCUUUUCUGGCCGAGCGCUGGAUGCGACACAGUGGGCAUUUGGUGAGAAACAAAGGCCGGUUCGACAAGGCCUGCUCUAUCAUUUCGCUCUUCUUUGCUGCGGCGGGCGCUGCCGGGCUUAUUUUGCUUACGAUUUUCGAUACUGUGCGGCAUCCGAGCAUGCAUCGCGCUUUUCUGGGCUUGUUCAUUGGCGGCUACCUGAUCAGCGCGAUUUUCAUCUGUCUGGAAUACCUACGCAUGGGCAUCUUCUACCGCAGCAAGUACGUCGUACUGAUCGUCAGUUUCUGGAUCAAGGCGAUCUUCGUCGUCGUGGAGCUGGCCCUGGCUAUUGCGUUUGGAGUUUUGGACAAGGUGUCGAAACGUCAGAAUGCUGCUGCGAUUAUUGAAUGGGUUAUUUCCUUCAUUUUCACCUUUUACGUUCUCUCGUUCGUCAUUGAUCUACUACCGUCGGUACGCCGGCGCCAUCAUCUUCCGCAGGGCGAAAAGGGAUUGCAGAUGAGCAGCCGGCCCAGUGCCAGCUCUGGAGCUUUGCCUAAUAAUAACCUGACCUACGAGGAGCCAGUCACUACGGAUUCGAUGGGCGACAGAGGAAACACCUACCGCGGCCAGACUGAAACUUCAUACAUUGAUGCUCACAUAUACCCUCGCAUAAUAAUCAUAAUAAUAAUGGCUGAAAGCUUCGUUCUGGGCUCUGCGGAUCGCCCGUUUGAUAACAUAUUGAAUUUUCGCGAUGUCGGAAGGUCGAUUAACGGGUUCAAUGGGUCCAAGUUACUCAGAGAAGGCGUUCUGUUUCGCGGUGCCAGGCCAGACGAUGCAUCUGAGCGCGACAAGCAGCGAUUGACAGACGAGAUUGGUCUGGGGACUAUAAUUGAUUUGCGCUCGAGCACUGAACAUGCAUUCGCUGCACAAAGACGCCAGAAUGCCCGUUUAAUCGAAAACGCAGACGCUGCAGACCCAGAGAAUUCUGUUUCUGUUUCUACUAAUGAUAAUGAGCAUCUACUCAAUUUGCCGCAAGUCAAACGACGCAUGAUCAGUAUGACCGGCCGCGCGUUUGAGAGAAUGCUUCUCUGGCGUUUGGACUGGUAUAACUUCAUAAAAGCACUCGGCCUCGCUGCAUCAGGCUACCGCACCGACGCAGCCCGCCUCGUCGCUACCAAUGUAAUGAAACCGCGCGGUCUGAUCGGGCUUGCGCAGGAUAUGCUCGACUGCGCCGGCGCUGAGAUUCGCGAGAUCUUCGACAUUUUGGCCGACAGCGCCGCUUAUCCCGUUGUGGUUCACUGUACGCAGGGCAAAGACCGCACAGGGCUGAUUAUUCUGUUAUUGCUGCUGCUGCUCGUCGAGACGACGGCGGUCGACAUCCCGCUAAACACGAUAAGCGCGGAUUAUGUCAAGUCCGAGACUGAACUUGAGCCAGAGUUGGAGUAUCUGAUGAAGGAGAUUACGCAGAUCGGGCUGGAUGAGGAUUAUGCCAAGUGUCCGCCGGGUUUUGCAGAGGCGGUUAGGGAGUAUCUGGAUUCAAAGUAUGGAGGAGUCAAGGCGUAUUUGCUCUCGAUUGGGGUUGGGGAGGAGAAGAUGGAUACGAUUUGUCAACGGUUGGUGUUGGAGAGAUAG